GCCAGUAAAGAUAAAUCUUGCUGCUUCAGUGUAUACAAUCAUAGUGGUAUUGUUUUGUGGGUGAGAAUUGCAUCCUUUCUUUUCCUUAUACAAUUGUUAUGGUUUAGGUAGACUUCUAUGUUAAAAGUUAAGGAAUAAGCACCAUGCUAUGUCUUUGGGAAACAAAGACAUUUAUUUAAAUGUAUUAAUAAAAUAAUUAGUAAGUAACAUGUGAGGAUUUUCAUAUUGCUGAGUGAGAGAGGAUAACUGGAAGAGACAGGACUAGCUGUGAAAAGAAAUCCAGAAAUCCAGUAAUUCCUAAACUUGCAUCCCUUCAUGGUAGGCUCAGUCCUCUUUUUAAGAAGAAGGACCUAGAACAAGUAAAACAUAUAGUUAGUCCUGCAGCUGGGCUUUGGCAAAUCCUAGUACAGCAAAUGUGAGGAUGCUUAGUUGUAAGUUUUAAUAGCAGAAGCAGUAAAAUUCAGGUUUCUGUCACAAAACUGGGAAUGUGCAGUUGUUCCCAAAAGUGAUGCUUUGCUCCAUGGGCACCAAGCUGUAACUCAGGGUUCUUGUUGGACAAGUUUCAGGGCUGAAACUUUGUGUCAACAGCUAUGAGUCUGCAUUUUGCCCAUAAUAUUUACAUCACUCUUUUGAGUAAAUGAAAAAAGUGUAUCUUAUUUCUGAUACGAGAGAGCUGCCCUAACUGUAAGAUUUUAAGCUUGGGCCACAAAUUGGUUUUAAAGUGAAGACUUUUAUAGAAAAUAGGUUUUUUGUGCUUACCUGUUUUUAUUGUUUUUGGGUUUUUAAAAAUUUUUCUGCAAUUUAAAUUAAGCGCCUCCCUUCUAACAAGGAAAAGAACCCUCAGCUUGGAAGUGAUUACUAAAAUAAAAAUACUUCAGAAAAUAAUGAAAUUUUUGGAGCUGAUAUACUCCUCAUGUUGGUUUUGUAACAUUGUAUAGUGUUGAUAACAUGUCAGAGUGGCUGACCUUGUAUCUUUUUGUGCUAGCAGUCAUGUUUGCAUGCAAGGAAAACGAUUAUAAAAUUGAGGAGAGCAAGUUUCUGACAGUGCUCUAGUAUUUGUAUGGUUCCAGGUUUAUUUUAGGGUUAAAUCCACACACUUCCAUCAGUGAAAUGCUAAAAGUGCAGAAUGACUUCAGUGUUUCAAAAAGUUGAGGUACAACAGUGGCCUCCAAGCCAGAGAAAAUGUUUCCUUUCCUUUAUGUUUAGAGAAUAUCUGUUCUACAGCUGGGGUUGAUGUUGUUGGAGUGAGGCUGAGCAUGCCUGAAAAUUUGUUCUGACACUAAGUUGUGUUGAGGCAACACACAGUGAGUGCUAAAGGUGGCUCUGAUGAUCAGCCUGACAAACUUGUAGUUUUCAUCAAAACUCACCUGACACUUCAAAGUCAUGCUGGGUGUCUAGUGUUGGAUUAGCUCCAAUGACUUUGCCAUAUUUGAAGUUCUUUAGGUUUUUUUAGUAUUUCUGUUGAAUAGUUAAUUACAUAGAUGAUAUUCCUUAAAUGUUUGAGGGGUUUUUUGGUUCGUUUGUUUUUUGUUUUGGUUUGGUUUUUUUUUACUUUGAAUUGGCAUUGGUCCAGAAGCUUGAAUUCUCAGACGUCUCUGGUGAAUCUGGGUAGUGUCUUCUUAACUUGUGUUAAGGUUGCCCAUGACAGUUCAUUACCUCUGAGCUUUCUGCUCUGCAAAGGGAUGGCAGGAGGUAUCACUAAGCGCAAGAGUAACAGAUGACAAACAGAAAAUUAAAUGUGAGCAGCGUUUCUACAAACCUCUGUGACUAGGUGUGAACGAGGCACCCUGAGUUGUGAGUAGCUAUUAGUAUUUGAAACAAUGUUCACAAACAAUAUCAGUCCAGACAGGGGCAAUCUACCCCGAAAAGCUUGCAAAGAUCGCUUCUGAAGAGCCAGAUUUCUUGGAAUGAAUCGGUCUGCACUGAAUGGCUGACUGAAAAGAGGCAAGAGAAAUGGCUCCUCCAGACUAGACUGUUACUGUUAACUUUGCUUUGCUAGAAAAACAGAAUCUAAGGUUUCCAUGGAAGAUACCCACACAGGCAGUGUAUGGGUUAAAGUGGAGGCUUCUCUUAAUCUCUUUCCCAAGUUUCAGAAAGGAAGAAAUCUGUACUAUAUUAACCAGUCAAUGUGGUUAAUAAAUAAGUGGUGCUGUAAAUCAUGUGAAACUUAUUUCCAAACUCUUUAAAGUACUCCUGUGUUCUGAAUCGUUUGGUACUGUUCAAAAAUCACUUGGUUGUGGUGCUGUCAAAACUGCUGGUUUUUGUGGCUAUAUGCACUUUUCAGUGUAUUUGCCCAACAAUGUUUCCUAUUUCCUGAAUGGAAAAAUUCCUCUUUGAGAGAAAACAAGUAAUUCUUUGCACCAUGCCUGCCUCUCAAGGCGUACAGGUACAAAAUGCAGAGCCGAGGUCAUUACUAGAAGUGAGUUUGCAAGUGUGAAGAUACAUCUGCAUGCCAGAAAAAUGCCUGAAUGAGAAAGAAAUGUAGAUUUUAUUUCAAGCUUGUGUUUGUUUAAAUCUAGCUCCAUCUUUAACUGUUCAACAUUUUUUUUGCUUUGGAGGCUUCUCCAGGUAGUUUUGAAAUAAGAGCUGGUAAGUACAGAAAGCCAGAGUCCUGACCAACAUAGAGCUUUAAGCAUGGGUUUUUGUUUAGUGUUUUGGGGUUGGUUUUGGGUUGUUUUUGGGGUUUUUUUUCCCCAGAAGAAAUUGUUCAGCUGUUUUGCUUGAACAUUUUAUGUCAAGUAAAUGAACUAUCAUUAGUUGAUAAGAAAUAUGAUGAACUUGUGUUCUCAAAUCUCAGUUUUAAGAGUCUUAGUUUCUAGGCCAAAUUUUGAAGGUUUAUAUUCAAACAGAAUUCUGCUGUGGAAUUCUUUUGAAUCAAGGAAGAACAUUUUUUGUCUUCAGGAACACUUUCUUUGCUGGUAGAAUUACAGAGUCAAAGUGCUGCCUUGCUGAUGUAGUUGCAUUAGAGUUUGCAAUGUGAUGUAGCAUCAUUGAAAAUGCUGGAGCAGUCCAUGAAACUACAGCUGAACUUUUUAACACUGCCUCACAAUGGCUGCAUCAUUUGGCAGUUGCUGGAAAAAUGUUCUGCCACAGUGCCUGUCACUAUCCCUGUACUCGACCAAUCUAAAAUUACUUUUGUCUUCAUCUGCUAAAUUUUGUCUGACAUAUGCUGAGUAGACAAGAAGCAAUACAGAUUUCAAAUGCCUGGCUCUUUUGAAAGCAAACAGACCAGGCCACUCUCUUAGUACCAAAAUGCCUUUGCUUAUCUUUUAUGACCCACGCUCUUGGGAGUAUUUCUUCUUCCAGUUGUAACUGAAGGCCGUACUAACUUAAAGUUCCCAUAUUGAGAUAGAUACCUUCCCUUAUGUAAAAGUAACAUUUUUCUUUGGACAUAGAAAAUUGAAAAUUUGAAACUAGUGAUAACCUUGAAAACCUUCAACUGUAGUCAAAUGUGAACCAUAAUGAUUUCCUUAGCUCUUAAUUAAAACCUGACCAUAUAGUCAGACCGAAGUCCCUUGGGUCCCUAUAGAAAUAGUACAUCUCCAUCUCCAUGGUUGAGGUAUUCUCUCCUGGGCUUUUUGUUUUCUGGGAAUAUAUUUGGCACAAUAAUACCAAACAUAGCAUGUGACAGGAGCCAAGAGUACCUACCAGUUCUCCCUUGUACCUCUAAAGAAGUAACUGUAUUUCUGUCUCAGCCAAGGAGUAGAAUUUAGGGAUGGCAUCUCUAGCACUGGACUGCUACUUGGGAAUGACCUUUUUUUUUGUUAGAUGUUAGUGCCUGCAUAGAGGUAAAGUACAACUGCCUGUUUAUUUUUAUAAGCAAUAAACCUCUUACCCAAAUUGGAUUAGAAGUGUAGGAAGUAAAGUAUUGUGCCUGUAUAUGCUAAAUCAUGCAUUGCCUGUGAGAUUAGAAAGAAAAGAAAAAGAGCUGAUCAACUGGCAUGGAGUUUUUUUUCACUGAGCAGUAACAAACUGUGAACAGGCAGGGCGUCCAACACCAGAAGGUAUUGGAACUGUACAGUUUGAAUUCCUGGCUGUAGGAGCUGAUGUACAUGAGAACUAAAGUGUGGAAAAAGUUAGUUUUGUGUUUAUGUAUAAAUGUGAGUUGUAUUAGUAUAAAAGCUGGUUCACCUUAAUUUUUAAGGGGCAGCUUUUAAUGUAUCAGGACAUAUUUCAUUAUUCCUCUAUUAGAAACCUAUUGCAUGUGACAAGUAAUCAAUUCUUGUUCUCUUAGGUUACUGCCUAACAUAACACUUGUUCUGUACCUGAGCUCAUAAAACAGUGUUUAAAGUAUUCCUAAAAAGACGUCCUUGACAGUCACAACUACAGGAAACAGAGGUGAGAAACCCCGUGUGUUUGUGCAGAGCUCUGACAUCCCCUAGCAGGCCACUGUGCAAACCUGACCCUUGGCUUGCAGAGAGGAGGCAGCCCUCUGACAGCUCUCCAGAGGAAUAAAGGUCAUAUGCUUUCAUGUGCAAAUGCUGGAGGUGACAUGUUUAGAAAGGACCGAGUUUUGUACCUUGUGUAAAGACUGUCUAAAGUUUGAAGUGAGGGGGAAGAAUAUAGUAAGAUGGCUAUGUUUAAUAGCAGUGAUUUGCAAAAUACUCAGGUAUAAACUACGGACUUGGGACACUGUUGUGCAGGAGUGAGGGGAGCUAUUUUGAAGUUAUCCAGCCCUUUUUUUACCAGAAUCAUGGAGGGACUGCAGUCAAAAUGGUGAGAGACAAGAGUUUAGCAAGUGUGGUUAGGAAUUUAGGAUAAAGCAGAGAGCUGUUGGAUAGAUUUGACUUCUUGCUUCAUGAUCUCUUUGAGGGUAAAUAUAUUUGCCUUCUUGUAAGAGAUCCAUUUGUGUGAUGUGGAAGUUGAUUAGAAACUGUACUGAAUAGUUUUUAAACUUUGUCCCUCCUAACAUAAUUUUUCUCUAGAAUGUGAGUGUGGGGAGACAGCCAGUUAUAGCUGAAUUUCUAUAACUGAAUACUUUUCUUUUUUUUUUUUUUGCUAAUCUGAAUGAAUAAUCUAGUGUGAAAUGUUUUUCAUCACUGAGAUAAAGAUGUUUUUCAGAACUGAAAGUGUUACUACUUCUAGCAACUGUCUUAGAAUUCUCUGUACAAGUCCAUGGUCAAAUGAUCUGGCUUUGUGGGAAUGAAAAAUUUCAGGUAAUGCAGGUUCAGCUAGUUCUACUAUAACCUUAAAGGCUUUGCAAGUACAAAAAUUGUGUUUUGGAAAUGAAUUCAAAUUGGGCCUCCCUUUUUUUAUUUAGAGGAAACCAUAAUACCUGAAGCUCAGUGAAUCUGUGUUCUGAUGCUGUAAGUUUGCUGAAUAACAUCUAAAAACUUCUUUAAGGAAGUGCUUGUGCAUAGCCAAGAUUAAUUGAACCAGAAAUGAUCCUAGAGAACUUAAAAAGAAAUCUUUUACAAUAGCUUUUUCCAGGUACCUGGGAAAUGAAAGUGUACUGUCUUGGAAAGAAGCCUGGUGCAGCUACAUCUGUAUGGCUCUGACUUGGCAGAUGACUUGCAUCAGUUUGACCUUUUUGGAAACAAAUGUGCUUUCUUCAGAAUUAGGCUUUGCCUAUCAUUCUUUCAGUCUUGAAUUUUUAGGAAUUCAGCACAUCUGAUGCUUCAGGUGGUACUUGAAGGCAGGUGAAGAACCAUCUGUCCUGGUUUUAUCUGGGAUAGAGUUAAUUUUUGUAGCAGCUGGUACAGUGCUGUGUUUUGUUUAGGAUGAGAGUAGUUUUAAUGCACUGAUGUUUUGCUGAGCAGUGCUUACUCUGAAUCAAGGACUUUACAGCAUUUUGUGUUCUGCCAGCCAGGAGCUGCACAAGAAGCUGGGAGGCAGCAUGGCCAAGACAAGUGACCCAAACUGGCCAAAGGGAUUCCCGUAGUGGACAUCAUGUCCAGUAUUAUAAACUGGAGGAGUUGGCUGGGAGGGGCUGGCUGCUGAUCAUGGAUGAUCUGGGCAUCAGUCAGUGCAGUAGUGAGCAUUUGUGCAUCACUUUCUUGGGUUUUCUUUCUUUCUCCUUUUAUGUUGUCUCCCUUUUCCUUACUAUGUUUUGUUUUAGUUUAUUUCAAAUACUUAAUAGUUGUUAUUGCAACCUGACUGUUUUACCUUUUUUUCCCUGACUCUCCUGCCUUUAACAUAAGCCAGGGGAGGUGUGAGCAAGCUGCAUGGUACUUGGUGACUGGCUGGGGUUGGUUAAACCACAACAUUGUUUUAAGAGCAGCUUAAUUCCCAUAUGUCUUACUUUGGCAACUAUUGCUGUGUUGAAUUGCUCAUUGGGACCCAUUUCUCUUGUGGAGGACUUCCCUGGUGUGGUUGAGGAACAAGCUCACAGAAAUGUAAGGGUGGAACAGGACUUCAUAAGAAAUGCUCAUUAGGUUUGUCCGAUGGCAAAGUGUGACUCCUGUGAUAGGAAAUGCCUCUGUGCAGUGCGAUGACUUGUUGCCCCUCUGUAACUAGGCUACUUCGGUCACAAACUGCUCCACAGUUGCUUAAUGAUCACCAUGGUUGGAUAAGCAACAUUUUAGAGUUGGCAAAUCUGUUUGAAGGAGAAUUUUUUGUGCCUUAAGAAUUCAAGAUUCUGUUUAGAUCUUUUACUCAGCUGUCCUGCAAUUCUAAUUAACCCCUCCUACCCCUUCCAGAAGUGGUCAGUGUAGAUAAGUUCAUAAAGUACCAUGUACCCUUCAUGUCACAGAAACUUGAGAUGCAGAAAAGGGUUCUUAUCUGGAAGCUGUAGCUAUAACAAUGGACCUUUGUUUUCUUGGCCCUUGUAAGAAUUUUCUUACUUCUUGCCAUAAACCACCACACAGUAGCGCAGGGGAUUAGGUAAUUUCCUUCCCUUCUCCUCUUCCUGCAGAUUAUUUGAUUAGCAUUUCUAUUGUAUACUCUAAAUAGCAUGUUCUUGGCUUCAGACUGGUCCCCCCCCUCUAUAAUCUCUUUAAAACACUGUAGUAUGACUUUUUAUUAGCAGCGUGACAUGGGAACUCCUUGCACAGAGAUUACAUGUGACGUAACACAAUAAAAGAUUAAUGAGGCUGGUAAGUCAGUAAUCUUCCCUUCUUUCUUCUUCCCUCAUGCACCUGAGAUUAGGCUUCUGGGAACCCCCUAACAGUGCUAAUGCCUUAGAAAACGUGAAAAAUUUUUCUUAUUUGGAUAUCAUUGGCUUUGAUCAGAGUUCAGCCCCUGACUUCAUGGGAAACUGAGUUCAGGUUGUGUAUAGUGUAUGUUCAACAUUCAGCAUAGAGUAUACAAGUAUACCUCCUCAUGGGAUCAUUACUUAUCCUGGUCUUCCAGUAGGUGUUUUGCUCCCUUUUCUCAGUGUUUCUUCAGUCUCUGUUUUUAUAUAGCCUGUGUGCAGUAAUUUCAAGCUCUUAUGCUGCAUGGGGUUUUUAGUCCACUCCUUGCCUGUUUUGUUGAAUAAAAUUAUCAACAGGUUGUUUAGAAUAUCUGUCUUGAAAGGUAGUAAUAUACUGAUAAGGUUAACUCCAGCAUGAAGAGUUUGCCAUCCAGGCUUUUUGCCAGUCUGGACACUAGAGGCCAUAGUGUUGCCUGUUGCUCCUAUCUGUAAGGCCGUCUUUUUAGCUGGAGCAGCUAGAAAUGCAUUCCUCUUCAGAGCUCAUGUUGAAUGUCAUGUGGAAUCACGUAAUUGUAUCAAACUGUACAGCAUCUGUUUGUGACUCAGAUAGAAGAACAUGACGAUAGAGCCCUUUAUUUCUUUAACAACUUCAAAGAAAGAACCUCCCCUGCAGUUCAGCAUCACUUCAUGAAAUUAGCAGUGAUAUCUUGGGCUACAGAUUGCAUUGUUUUAGUCUGGCAUGGUAUCUGUACUCCAGGAGGAAUCAGCUUGCCUAGCGACAGCAUGCUGGAGGCAUUUCAUUCCAGUCCUCAAGGCAUGGCGUAGUUCUUGUGAUUCUGUGAAAAUCAUUAAACCCUCCUCAUCAUAAAAGUGAGGGGCAGUGUUGACACAAGGACAGCUGAGUAGAGCAUGGCUGUGAGUAAACACAGGCAGGGAGACAAAGUGGUUCAAACUCUGUUGGGUGAGAUUCAGAGGCAGCCACAUAGAAGUGUGCCUAGGGCCAAAAUAAACCCUCAAAAAACCUGGAUUAAGAUGGGGCAUGAUUAGCUAUUAAAAGGACAUUGUGUGGCGUUGCAUGAUCGCUCCAGAGGGUCACUAAUAUGAAGGCAGGUAAGGGUUGUUAUCUGCAGGAGGCUGGUUGGGGUGGUAGAAAGAAAAUCCACCUGCAGCUGCUUCUUAGGUGGCUGCAGCAUAAAGUAAUCUACAAGCCUAUUAACCUGAGUGCUGAACAGCUCUGCAUCUGUAAAAUAAAGAGUGUCUGGAAAUAAAGGAGUUCUAGAAGCAAAUUAGUCUUUGAGUUCUGCUUUUCAGGAUGUUUUGAAACGGUACAACUCCAGCUUUACAACUUGUGUGAGAAAAGUAAUGCAGCUUAGAAGUGGUCAUACAAAUGUAACUAAUCACUGUGGUUAAAUACCUGAAUACAGAGCACCUUUUGUACUCUUGGUGCCAUAUCUGUGUGUUAAGUGAUACUAAUGCAGUCCUGAUGUGGUUUUCUUUUUUUUUUUUUUUUUUCCCUUUUAAAACAAAAUCACAAAAGCCCUGAUUAGAACAGCAUUCAAGCUGCCAAUUUUGUAUAGGCUAGGACGAAACAGAAAAAACUUGAAAGUGAUGGGGGAGGCGAGGUGGUGUGACUCCUCCACCCCAGUAAAAACUGCCAUUUUAAGGAUCUACACAUUACCAGUGAAAAAGCUGGGUUUGUGUGCCAGUGGCACGAGGCUGUUGAUUUUUGGCAGGGACAAGGAUUCCCUUUGAACCUAAAUCUCAAGAUCAGGCUUGAUGAGUCUCUGGUGUUUCUGUUGAGAUGGAUGCAGAAGGUCCCUAUCCCCUCAUUUGCAUUGGUAUAAUGGCAUUACAGAAUAAACACACAAACAGAUAAGCAAAAUUAUAUGUGUUGAAAUAGUUGGGGAUUUGUAUGUGGUUUUGGUUUUUCCCUUAGCCCCUUGCCAGUCAUCUGAUAGCUGUAAUAAUGACCAUACCAUUUCAGAGCAGUGUUCAGUCCUGUGGUUUUUUUGUCAACCAGAAGUGUGUGAACACGGGAGCACCUGUACAUCAGUGUUUCUCCAGGCACUUUCCAGUGUUUGGCAGCUGUGGCUCAACCACUUCUGUGGAGCAAGGUGAUAUCUUUGUACUUAGUCAUCUAUGGUAGGAGGAAAAAAGUAUCUUUGAGCCUAUGUAUAGUUUUAUUAUCCAGAAUAACCUAUGGACAAGGUGCUCUGCAGCUAAAUUUUCUGGGUAGAUGACAAGAUCCUGUAACAGGACAGAUGUACUGUAUUACUUAGGGGAAAGUUUGCUGUGGAGUACAGGUUGAGAAGAGAGAAAACACAGAUGCAUUUACCUUGUUCUCAGCAGUAAAGCCGACUUCUAUGGAGCUGCAACUUAGGUUGUGUUAUGGCAUUAUCAACAGAAAAGCUGUUUUGACAGUUCUUAGGCUUGAGUGUUACCCAGUGGCUAUAUUGUAAGGUGAACUGGAGAAGAGUUCUGUUAAAAAACAACAGAGCAGAUAAACCAACUUUAAAACAUUGACAGAUCAGUCCAUAAAAUUGUGUUUAAAAGAUUAAGGUCCCAAGCCAAGGAGGGAGCAGUAGAAACAGGAGCAGCAACAGUCACAUGUACAACAUGGAGGAGAUGUGAAAUGUCAGGCUCUAUCUACAUUGCUUGAGCCAGCAGGCAAGAGCCAUCUAGCCCUUCUUCACCCACUACAGCUGUGAUGUAAAACUUGAUGUAAAGGUUAAGCUGCUGUGUCAUAUCAUGAUUGUAGCAGCCUCGCAGCAUUUUCAUGAUCAAUUCCACGAGGUAACUUGGAAGCUGUGGUAACUUGAUCACCACUUUAUGGCUCAGACAUUUAAAUUAUCCCACCCACUGGCUCAGUGCAGUGAUUUUGGUGUUGGUGGAAUGAGAAAUGAGCUCAUAACCUGGUCUGGCACAUGCAGAUUUGCCUUUCUAAAUGCACAUCCUACAGGAUUGAGCUGUUUUAGCAUCAUUGGCCAUGACAGUCCAGUACACACAGGUGGCAUCUGCAGGUGUGUCAUGUGUCCAGUCCUACAGUAUUAGUGAAAACAGAGAUAGCAAUGCCUGAAGAGUUUCUACUGGUAUAACUCUCAGUGUAUUAAGAAAUUACUCUUUGUGUGGGAGGUGAGGAAAGCUAGCUGGGCUAAUAAAUUAUGGUUAAAAAAAAGAAAAAAGAAAAGGUAUAGUAUGCAUGGGUACAGUUAUAUAAGAGAAGGAAAUAAAUCAGUGUUUCUCUGAGAACCUCAUCCGCAGAGCUGCCAGGCAAUUGGGUUUCAGUAUUGUUCUCAAUACACCCUCUGCUUCCUUUUUUCCUUUUUGGGGCCAGGGAUGGAUGAAUUGAUGGAGCAGGAGCAGGAUGCUGGUUCUGCCUCCAGCCAAUGCUGUGUGGUGCUGCGGUGUUUACCCGGCUUACGCAAGGCAGAGCCGGCCCCUCUUGAGGCAGGAGGUGCUUCCCACAGCUGAAGUAAAAGCACACAGAGCAGUCACUCAGUCUGGCAGUUGCUGGGGGUUUAAAGGAGUUGGUGGAUUUCGGCUGAUUUUAAACAAGUUCGGAGGGUUGGGGUUUUUCUUCUCCACUGUGUAGGAAUACUGCAAGGACGCAAAUAUCCUGGAAAUAAUGAAAAAAGUGUGCCACAACUCUUGAUCAGAGAUCUGAAGUUUGAGAAGUCAUUAACUAAGCUCAUGUUUUCUCCUGAUCAAGAAAAUCAUCCAUCAAAAGCCCCAGUCAAAUAUGGUGAAUUGAUUGUAUUGGGGUACAAUGGGUCUCUCCCAAAUGGAGAUAGAGGGAGAAGGAAAAGUAGGUUUGCUUUAUUUAAAAGGCCCAAGGCAAAUGGGGUGAAACCCAGCACUGUGCACAUUGCCUGUACCCCUCAAGCAGCAAAGGCAAUAAGUAAUAAGGACCAACACAGCAUAUCUUACACUUUGUCUCGGGCCCAGACAGUAGUAGUUGAAUAUACUCAUGACAGCAACACAGAUAUGUUCCAGAUUGGUCGGUCAACGGAGAGUCCUAUAGACUUUGUAGUAACAGAUACAGUUCCUGGGAGUCAGAGUAAUUCAGAUACACAGUCUGUGCAGAGCACAAUAUCAAGGUUUGCCUGCAGAAUCAUAUGUGAACGUAACCCUCCCUUUACAGCAAGAAUAUACGCUGCAGGAUUUGACUCCUCAAAAAACAUUUUUCUUGGGGAGAAAGCUGCAAAGUGGAAGACAUCAGAUGGGCAAAUGGAUGGACUAACAACAAAUGGAGUUCUUGUUAUGCAUCCUCGUAAUGGAUUCACAGAAGACUCCAAGCCAGGGGUGUGGAGAGAGAUUUCUGUGUGUGGGAAUGUGUUCAGCCUCCGUGAAACCAGAUCAGCUCAACAAAGGGGAAAAAUGGUUGAGAACGAGACGAACCAGCUGCAGGACGGCUCCCUGAUCGACCUGUGCGGGGCGACGCUGCUGUGGCGCACGGCCGAGGGGCUCGCGCGCACGCCGACCGUCAAGCACCUGGAGGCUCUGAGGCAGGAGAUCAACGCAGCCAGGCCCCAGUGCCCCGUGGGCUUCAACACCCUGGCCUUCCCCAGCAUGAAGAGAAAAGAUGUUGUAGACGAAAAGCAGCCGUGGGUGUACCUGAACUGCGGCCACGUGCACGGCUACCACAACUGGGGGAACAAAGAGGAGAGGGACGGCAAGGACCGCGAGUGCCCCAUGUGCCGCUCCGUUGGUCCCUACGUGCCUCUGUGGCUCGGGUGUGAAGCAGGAUUUUAUGUGGAUGCUGGACCUCCAACUCAUGCAUUCAGCCCGUGUGGACACGUGUGCUCAGAAAAGACAACUGCAUAUUGGUCCCAAAUUCCUCUUCCUCACGGUACUCACACUUUUCACGCAGCCUGUCCCUUCUGUGCGCAUCAGCUGGCUGGUGAGCAGGGUUACAUCAGGCUCAUUUUCCAAGGGCCUCUCGACUAACACAGGUGUUCCCAAGGACUGCAGUAAACUGAUAAGCUAAGCGAUUCUCAUUUUUAAACCAACUGUUUUUCAUAUUCUCUGGGCUUUGCUGGUUUGCAUUAAAAUGAAGAAUUUUUUGGUUUUUUUAUUACAACAGCUAAAUCCCUCUUUAUUGAGAAAAGUCUGGAAAUAGAAGAAAUGGGGGGAGAAGGGGGAGACCUCCUGCUUUUUUUUUGGUUAAUAACUACUUCUGAAGAGCUGAAGGAAGUGUUUAGUGAACUUCAAUGCCUUCAGUUUAAUGGUUUUUGAAUCACAUGCCCGCAGUGUUUCAAAGGUGUUUCAUUCUUUUUGUAUAUGGAGGGUAAAUAGUUCAAAGAACAUUAGUUUACAGCUUGGAUGCAAACAUUGUAAAAUAUAACAUGUAUAUUAACUCUUUUCUAUUUAUCUUUAUUAUUGAAAAUAUCUAGAAUGUUUAGAGAGUAGCAUGGUCAUAGUGUGUUACAUCCAGCGAUUGGAUGUGUAGAGUAGUUCUGGAUGGAGAAGAACAUGGGAUGAAAAUGGUAGAAAAAUCUUUUAAUCUAAAAUACUGAGUUCUUAGAAUAGUUAAAAUGCUUUUUAAACAAAGCUAAUGCAAAUUAUGAUGGCAUAAAGUUGUGCUUUAACCGUGUUGAAAGGUAGCUAAGAAGGACUUCUUAAAUUGUCUUUUUGGUAGGACUGUACUUAAGAUCUGGUUAUGAGGAGAAUAUUUGCCAGACUCUUUGAAUAUGCAACUUAGUCUAGAUUAAGGAUUUUUUUCUCCCUUCACGCUAACACUUCUCUUUAUUUAGCAUUAGUGACCUUUGUGAGGGUUUUUCCAAUGUUAAACAUGAACAGACCAGAAAGAUGAGGCUUAUUCUGUUCCUUGCUGUUUGGGGGUGGGGGGUGGGGACAAGGGGAGAGGUGGAUGCAUCUGGGCACGUGUGUGGGGAGCAGUUUGUGACUUUGCCACAGUCCCAGCGUGAGAGGUGUUUGUCAGCUGGAUGCUCAGCCUUCCACCUGCUGACUGGUGGGGGGCCUCAGGCCUGGCCUUUGCCCCUCUGCCAGGUGCAGAUGCUCAUCUGGGCCACAUGUGGAACAGUGGUGGAGCCUGGUAGCCAGGGGCUUUGUCCCUGCAUCCUCGGGCAGCUGGGCACAGCUGGCAGUCUGUUGAGAGAGCUGGGGCUGGGCUGGGCUCAGACCCUCAGUGUGAGAAGCUGCUGUGGGCUCUGCUUACUCUGGUCUCUGUCUGCUCUCCUCUUCCUCCCCCUCCUUCCCCUCUGUAUCCACCAGAAAAGACCAGUGUCUACAUGCAGCUCUGCUGCCAGCCCACUGUGCUUCAUGGCAACCUGACCUUUUUAGCAUUGAUUUGAGUUUUUUUGGCCAGCUUCGUACAUUUUUAAAAAAUGUGUACUGUAUAAUUGACAGUAAGAAAAUUUCUGUACUUUAUAGCAAAGCUUUAGCUUUCAUUUUUCUUUUGAAGCUAUUCUAAAAUUUUCUUUGUUUAAAGAGACCUGUGUUGCUUAGAUGUCAUGAAUUACUUUGACUGUCAAUUAUUUCUCCAUUUUUAAAAAAAAUUAUAUAUAUUGUUUGGUUCACUCAGGAAAUGCAUGUGUCAGGAAACCUGUACUAUAAGUUCAGUUAGCUGUCAUGUACAAGUAACUGCUGUUACUCCCUUUCCAUAGAAAUAUAACUGAUUUUGACAUUUUCCAGAUUAUAUGCAUUAAGUAAUGAAACUUAUGCAGCAAGAAAUCCCUGUAUUGUAGUUGUUCUAAUCAUCUUAUUCAAACUAUAGUAUACUGUAGUUUUAACUUUUAUUUGCAAAUUAAUUUAUUUAAACUACGUGAGUAAACACUUUUCAAAAACAGAAAUUCUGGGGUUGUGGCUUUGUUUCCAAGAGAUGGGAAUGGGCUGGGGAUGGCCCUUCUGUUGUCACGUCAGGUGUCCCUCUGUUCUGCACAUACGGAUUAAGAGCGCAGAGAAGCAGCAGCUGUAAAGACUUUGGACAUUUUCCCUGGUAAUGGCUUUGAAUGGCUCCUUUCAGAUGUGUCCUCUCAAUGUGUUUUAUAUUUAACUCUGUGUUAAUGGUGAGAUUGCUGUUUAAAUGACACAGUUAAAUGAGUAAGUUACAAAUACUGAAAUGUAAGCAAAAAACUGAACUAAAUUUUAAAAUGAC